CGGAGUGAACCGCGUCCUGUAUCACAGCAACGGGCCGAGCGAGAGCCGAGCAGCAGCAGCAGCAGCAGCUGUGGAGAUCUGCCGGGUUUACAGCACUGAUUAUAUGACAGAAUUAAUUUCAGAAUUAUUAACACACAGAGACACAGAGUUAAACUGCGUCUGACUGAAGAUUUUACAUUCCGCCUUUUUUAACAGAGCGACCGUUUAAUUCACAGCAACCGGAGCGGAGUAAGGAACCAGUGCUCGCCUCUGCUGCGGUGAAUCUGUUGCUACACGGACCGGUUUUCAGUGGAGCGCAGAGAGUGUUCGUGUGUGGGAGGGAGAUUUAUAUGAUUUUAUAAAAUCAUGUUCAAGAACACAUUCCAGAGCGGCUUCCUGUCCAUCCUCUACAGCAUCGGGAGCAAACCGCUUCAGAUAUGGGAUAAAAAGGUGAGAAAUGGACAUAUAAAGCGGAUUACAGACAAUGAUAUCCAGUCACUGGUGCUGGAGGUGGAGGGGACCAACGUCAGCACAACAUACAUCACAUGCCCGGCAGAUCCGAAGAAAACCCUUGGCAUCAAAUUGCCCUUCCUGGUUAUGAUCAUCAAGAACCUCAAGAAGUACUUCACAUUUGAAGUUCAGGUGCUGGAUGAUAAGAACGUACGGCGGAGAUUCAGGGCGAGUAACUACCAGAGCACCACCCGGGUGAAGCCGUUCAUCUGCACCAUGCCCAUGCGACUGGAUGACGGCUGGAACCAGAUCCAGUUCAACCUGUCGGACUUCACAAGAAGAGCGUACGGCACCAACUACAUUGAGACGCUCCGUGUACAGAUUCAUGCCAACUGUCGCAUAAGAAGAGUGUACUUUUCUGACAGACUGUACUCGGAAGAUGAGCUCCCGGCAGAGUUUAAGCUUUAUUUGCCAGUUCAAAACAAAGCAAAGCAGUGAAGUGGAAUCUGAAGCAUUCUCAUCCUUUGUUAAACCUGCAGUUUUUCCACAACAGAGAAAUUUCUAGUAUCCUCUCUUUGCUUUGUAUUUGUAAUGUUAUUUUGGGACUGUGUGAAUAGUUUGUUUGUUUGCGGCUCAAUAAAUAUUUUAUAUGCACA